AUGACACAUCAAUUCCAAAUCCACGGCAAGGACACAUUCUGGAUCGAUUUGGCUCCGCCGACAUCAGACCCAAUGGAGCAGGAGGAGGUCAGGAGAUAUAGUCAUGAGACACUCGGAGACAAGCACUCGUUUUUGGAAAAGUGUGAGGAGAGGAACUGGGAGUUCUCCAUUUUCCAGAGAUCCCAGUUUGCGAUAAUGGGGAUAAUAGAAGAGAUCAAUAGGUUCAUAAAAACCCGUUGGCCAACUUUCAUAAUUAUCGCUAGAAUCGUGUUACUCCUCACUCACAUCAUCAUCCCAUGGUAUUGGGUCUACGACCAUUCGAAAAAACACAGCAGCCUCAAUCACCGCUAUCCACUCUACAAAUCCAGAUCGCCGACAACAUGGUAUUGA